AUGAUGCUUGGGCGUGGGAUACAUAGUUUCGAAGAAAAACGUAACUAUCCGGAAUCACAAGUAGAAGUAAAUAACGAUGUAGUACCCGCUUGGUAUCAGACGCCUCAAAAGCAGUUGCCAAAUGGCUACGGUUUUGGCAGAAAUCAGCCAGCCAUGUAUGAGAGAGCACCGUCCACUAUGAAUUAUCAAAGCUACCCGACGUUCGGUACCAAUCGACCAGCUUAUCCGGAAUUGAUGGGUUCAGCUCAGCCAGCUCGACGAUAUCCAAUGGGAGGUCAGGAUCCAAAUGCUGAACUGUUAGCCGCAAUCAAGGACGUUGUAGCCAAAUUCAAAGCAUCCCUGGAUGAAACUGGACUUGAUCAAGACGUUCGACUCAUGGGCAAUCAACUGAGGAACACAUGGCAGCAAUUGAGGACAGGACCAAUGAACGAACAAUUGGGGCGACUGUUCGACAAAGCCGCUGACGACGGGAAUCAAGCCCAGUUGAACAGAGCACAAUAG